AUGGGAUUAUCUGUUUCAAAACUCCUGUCCACUCUCUUUGGGAAGAAGGAGAUGCGUAUCCUGAUGGUUGGUCUUGAUGCUGCUGGUAAGACUACCAUCCUCUACAAGCUCAAGCUGGGCGAGAUUGUAACCACCAUCCCAACCAUCGGUUUCAACGUUGAAACUGUCGAAUACAAGAACAUAUCCUUCACUGUCUGGGAUGUUGGUGGCCAGGAUAAGAUUAGACCCCUUUGGAGACACUACUUCCAAAACACCCAAGGCAUAAUCUUUGUCGUCGACUCAAACGACAGAGAUCGUGUCACUGAGGCUAGAGAGGAACUCCAAAGAAUGCUCAAUGAAGAUGAGCUUAGAGAUGCCCACCUCCUCGUUUUCGCUAACAAACAAGACCUUCCAAACGCAAUGAACGCCGCUGAAAUCACUGACAAACUAGGCCUCCACUCCCUCCGCCAACGCACCUGGUACAUUCAAGCUACAUGCGCAACCUCUGGUGAUGGCUUAUACGAAGGCUUAGAGUGGCUUUCAAACAACUUGAAGAACAAAAUGUAA